GGGCCGGGAGGGUCCCGGGGCGUGCGGCCGGGCCGGCUCGUGAGACGGUCCGCGCAGACGCAGCGCCAUGCGCGCCCCUCCUGCCAGGGCGCUGCUGCUGAUUCCGCGCCGGGGCCCCGCCGUGCGAGCGUGGGCCCCGGCCGUCUCCUCUCGGACAUGGCUGGCUUCUGAAUGGACCCCGCUGGUACGCGCGUGGACCUCUGUGAUCCAGGAGCCGAGCCCGGGCCUCCGCUUUCCCGCGCCCCUAUCUGGGCUGCCUGGCGGCGUGGGGCGGUGGGCCACCUCCUCGGGGACCCGCAGGUGCUGGGUGCUGGCAGGACCCCGCGCCUCGUAUCCCCUGCUCGCCAGGCUCCAGGGAGCAGCCGCCACCGGUGUGCGAGACUUUGGGAACGACUCAAGGCGGCGGCCCGCGGCGACCGGGCGCUCAGAAGUGUGGAAGCUCCUGGGGCUGGUGCGCCCCGAGCGCGGGAGGCUGUCAGCUGCCGUUGGGUUUCUCACCGUGUCCAGUCUCAUCACCAUGUCUGCCCCUUUCUUCCUGGGGAGGAUCAUUGAUGUUAUUUAUACCAACCCAAGUGAGAACUAUGGGGACAGCCUGACUCGCCUCUGUGCUGCUCUCACCUGUGUGUUCCUGUGUGGCGCUGCCGCCAACAGCAUUCGUGUCUACCUCAUGCAGUCUUCAGGUCAGAACAUUGUGAACAGACUGCGCACUUCACUGUUCUCCUCCAUCCUAAGGCAAGAGGUUGCUUUCUUUGACAAGACCCGCACAGGCGAACUGAUCAACCGCCUCUCCUCAGAUACCGCACUCCUGGGUCGCUCCGUGACUGAGAACCUCUCUGAUGGCCUGAGGGCUGUGGCCCAGGCCUCGGUUGGUGUUGGCAUGAUGUUUUUUGUGUCACCGAGUCUGGCCACCUUUGUUCUGGGUGUGGUACCUCCUAUCUCUGUCCUUGCUGUGAUUUAUGGGCGAUAUCUACGGAAACUGUCCAAAGCCACACAGGACUCGUUGGCAGAAGCCACACAGCUAGCUGAGGAGCGAAUUGGAAACAUACGAACUAUCCGAGCUUUUGGGAAGGAGAUGACGGAAGUGGAGAAGUACAUGGCCCGAGUGGACCAGUUGCUGCAGCUGGCACAGAGGGAGGCCUGGGCACGAGCCGGCUUCUUUGGAGCAACUGGGCUCUCGGGAAACCUGAUUGUGCUGUCUGUCCUGUACAAAGGAGGCCUGCUGAUGGGCAGCGCCCACAUGACAGUGGGCGAGCUUUCUUCCUUCCUCAUGUACGCUUUCUGGGUUGGAUUGAGCAUCGGAGGUCUGAGUUCAUUCUACUCCGAGCUGAUGAAAGGCCUGGGUGCUGGUGGGCGGCUCUGGGAGCUGCUGGAGAGACAGCCGCAGCUGCCUUUUAACGAGGGGAUGGUGUUAGAUGAGAAGACCUUCCAGGGUGCCCUGGAGUUCAGAAAUGUGCACUUUGCGUACCCUGCUCGCCCAGAGGUGUCUGUGUUCCAGGAUUUCAGUCUUUCCAUCCCAUCUGGAUCUGUCACAGCGCUGGUUGGCCCUAGUGGUUCUGGGAAAUCAACAGUGGUCUCGCUCCUGCUGCGGCUGUAUGACCCUGAUUCAGGAACAGUCAGUCUUGAUGGCCAUGACGUUCGUCAGCUAAACCCCGUCUGGCUGAGAUCCAAGAUUGGAACAGUAAGUCAGGAGCCAGUCCUGUUUUCCUGCUCUGUUGCCGAAAACAUCGCCUACGGCGCUGACAACCUCUCCUCGGUCACAGCCCAGCAGGUGGAAAGGGCCGCAGAAAUGGCCAAUGCCGAUGAGUUCAUUCGUAGCUUCCCACAGGGCUUCGACACUGUGGUCGGGGAGAAGGGCGUCCUCCUGUCCGGUGGGCAGAAGCAGAGGAUCGCAAUAGCCAGAGCCCUGCUGAAGAACCCUAAAAUUCUUCUCCUCGAUGAAGCAACCAGUGCACUGGAUGCUGAGAAUGAACACCUGGUCCAGGAGGCGCUUGACCGGCUGAUGGAAGGAAGGACUGUGUUGAUCAUAGCUCACCGCCUGUCGACCAUUAAGAAUGCCCAUUCUGUUGCUGUCCUUGACCAAGGAAAAAUCUGUGAAUAUGGGACACAUGAAGAGCUGCUUUUGAAGCCCAAUGGGCUUUACAGGAGACUGAUGAACAAGCAGAGUUUUGUGUCAUAUAAUGGAGCAGAGCAGUUCUUGGAACCUGCACGGGUGUAGCCCUCAGUCCAGCUGCUGGGUAGCUGAAGCGGACUGUGACUCCAUCAUGUACUCAUCAGGACCCUGUCUAAGACAGAAACAAAGCAUCGAUUAGUGGCGGGCUGUCUGGGAGUCCUUAGAACCAAACAGAUUCUAGAGGCUGUGUGAAGCCUGUGAGUAUACUUCAGUUAGUUGAAAUAUGCCUCUUUCCACAAAGAAUGUACAAUAUGGUUUCACGAUGUACCUGUCCUCCCAGACUGUUAUUCGGCUGUAAAAUCGUAACCCUCUAAAUGUUUAAAAGCACUGAAGUGACUGCAGGUUUCCAGUGUUUGCUAGCUAAGCAGAACACCUCACUUCCUGUGUGUGCUGCCAAGUCGAGUUGUUCUCAGGUGACAACUUUAAAAAGGGAAUUAGAAACUAAAGACCUAACUAAUUUAAACCAGUUUGCUAAUCACGGGGGCACCUACCUGGGGCCACUGAGGGAAAGUUUGCCUUGUCUGUCCCCAUGUCUUCAGGUGUCAGAGUUGCAGCAGACUUCCAGGCUGUACCUGGCAGAAUGUGCAGUGCUCACCAUUUGGGCACUCGAGAGCAUGAUGCAUUCUGCCAAAGGAAGAAGUCCUGCUCUGUAAACUGGAAAGCUUCUAUUUUUUUUAUUACCUCCUUGUUUUAUGGCUCCUUUUGAGAAGCAAGGUACAAAUGACCAGGUAUUAUCAACAGAAGUGAAUGAAAAUCCAUGUCACAUUUGUUGAAGCAUGUAUUUUGAAAAAAAAAUACUCAUUUUAAAUAUGUAAUUCACAGGUAUAUUGUAGUUUUAUAUUUUAUAUUUUUAUUGAUAAGGCUGAAUCUGAAAAAUACAAUUUUCAGCCUUGAGUAUGUUUGAUGGUUCUUGCAGAAGCAAGGCAACAAAAGGAACAUCAGCCUUUGGAGAGCAUCUUGAUUAAGACACACGUUGUCCUGCCAAUCACAAGAGGAAGUCUAACUGGAGUGCCAAGGCUAGGAGAUGAAACGCUGCUGGGCCAGAGGGAAGGAGGCUCCUAAAUUGUUCAUUGUGUAGACAUGGGUUCUGUGAAGGAACAACCCAAACCCAAGAGGGUAAUGUUGCAGCAUCCAGUUCAUGUUGAAGAUUUCAACAGUCAUGAAAUAAGCGUUCUGGUUUCCAAAAAGAGAAAAAGAGUGGCUCACACCUCCCACUUGGGAAGCCCCACUUUGUUACAUAGUGAGUUUAAAACCAGCCAGCCAGGGUGUGAGACUUUGUUUCAAUGUUUCAAACAGACAUCUGAAGAGUUUGGAAGUCCUCCUCCACCAGGUGCAUGGAACUGGAAUGUGGAGCUGCCCUAUAGACGUGCCCUUGCCCCUGUGCCUACGGUUUGUCACCUACAGUGUCACAGCUCCUACAGCAAUGACAGUGGCCAAUGAAUUUGCUCACUUUUUGUAUCAGUGCUGUUAUCUGGAUGUUGCCUCAGGAAGAAGUGCUUUUUUUAUGCUGGUGAUGUAGAGCCUGAGGCAUAGCUCCCCUGAGUUAGUUAAAAGGACACACCUGCCGUGCCCAUUUGCCUCUGACCCUUCUAGAAGAAACCUCCUCACGAGAAGCAGAGUGUCACAGUUUGUUACGUGGGGAACUGGCUAAUGAGCACGAGGCCCCGUGGACGUGUGUGGGCGGCACGUCUGUGACGGCAGUCUUCCACAGCCCGGCCUGCGUUUACGAAGCUCCUUGCAGGGUGUUCUCAGAACUCAGAGCAGCUGCGUAUCAGGCUGGUGGGAAAGUAUUGUGAAAAUUGAAUUGAGUCAUCACAUUUUAUUUCUUAAUAUGUUUAACAUUUUAUAUCAGAUUAAAAUUUAUAGUGAACUGAA